AUGGGUAAGAUCCAUAAUAUCCCUUUUGUUGCUUUUAAUCGGGAAGGAGUGAGCCACAUUGCAAGUGUGCUAGGAGUUCCUAAGCGAAUGGAUUCGUGCACGUCGGCUACGUGCAAUAAACUAUGGGGUAGACCGGGAUUUGCAAAAGUUCUCGUAGAGGUCUGGGCUGUUGGGGAUCUCAAACGGGAAUUGGAGGUUAUCAUUCCAAGUCUGUCUGAUGGUUCGGAUGAGAAAGUUAAAGUUCACGUGGAAUACAUUAGGGAGCCCCACCAAUGCUACCAUUGCUGCUUGUUUGGCCAUAAAUCUAGUUCUUGUGUUAAAGCUGAAAGUACCUGUCAGCUUCUUGUUAAGGAUAAACGUUCGCGUGUGGAUGCUGAUGGCUUUACACGAGUGGAAAAGAGGCAAUGGAAGAAGAAGGGUAACUCCCAGCCGAGUACCAGUGGAACAAAACCAAUGGAUCCAACCAAUUAG